GCAUUUGACACCAAAUCCUCUAGAUUACUGGACCCCGUGCUUCGCCAAGGGAAAGAAGAUUGUCUUAUCAUACCAACGGUGUUUUUAUUCGCUAUAUAUACAUUCAAGUGACUUUGGGGGAUCGAAUAUAACAGUUAAUGGAAUAUAAUUAUUUUGAAGGGUCGAUUCUGUACCUUCUCUGUCUGCUCUUUGGUUGAGGAAAGAGCCCUGCCGUUUGCGUUGUCAGGCCAGUGUUGGUUUUUCUGAGUUAAGGAACAGCAGCAACUUCCCGUGCUUACUUUGCACUGUGAAAGUCUAUUCUUUGGACGGAAAUACAAUGCCAGGAGACAUCAAAGUGAAUAUUGUUGGUGUAAGAAUCAACAAUAGCCCAUGAUGUCGGUGGAACUUCAUUUUGUUAUGGGAUAACUGAUAUCGUUGCCAUAAUAACGCUUUGACCAUCAAUGAUUUCAGUCUAACAGUAUUUGAAAUCAUUCUGAAUCGUUAUAACACUGCAACUUAUUGAAUAUGCCACCUCGGAGUCUGCUUGACUCAGAAGAACACACCGAGGGACCUAAGUAAACGCAACAAUUCAAGUCCUAUGCAGUAGAAUGCACUGAUGAUCUUCGAAUUGCUGGAUAUUCAUUCCUUUGUCAACUGUCUACCGGGAAGAAGGCUGGCUUGAAAAUGGCAUCCUUUUUCAAUUUCCGUAAAAUCUUUAAAUUGGGUGCUGAGAAGAAGAAGAAACACUACGAGCAUGUCCACAGAGAUGAGAACCCAGAGGAGAUAUGGGAGAUCAUUGGAGAACUGGGGGAUGGAGCCUUUGGAAAAGUCUAUAAGGCCCAGAACAAGCUAACAGGCAUUCUGGCUGCAGCUAAAGUGAUCGAUACCAAGACGGAGGAGGAGCUGGAGGACUAUAUGGUAGAGAUCGAUAUCCUGGCCUCCUGCGACCAUCACAACAUAGUGAAGCUGCUGGAUGCCUUCUACUACGACAGCAAGCUAUGGAUCCUGAUCGAGUUCUGUGCAGGUGGAGCGGUGGAUGCCGUCAUGCUGGAGCUAGAGAGGCCCCUGACGGAGCCCCAGAUCCGGGUGGUGUGUAAGCAGACCCUCCAGGCUCUCCUCUACCUCCACGACAACAAGGUGAUCCACAGAGACCUGAAGGCUGGGAACAUCCUGCUAUCCCUGAACGGAGACGUCAAACUGGCUGACUUUGGUGUGUCGGCCAAAAAUACCAAAACACUACAGAGGAGAGACUCUUUCAUCGGGACGCCAUACUGGAUGGCCCCGGAGGUGGUGAUGUGUGAGACGUUUAAGGACCGUCCGUACGACUACAAGGCUGACAUCUGGUCCCUGGGGGUGACUCUGAUCGAGAUGGCCCAGAUUGAGCCUCCCAACCACGAGAUGAACCCUAUGAGAGUCCUGCUGAAAAUAGCCAAGGCCGAUCCUCCUACCCUGAUGCAGCCGUCGCGCUGGUCUCCAGAGUUCAGUGCUUUCCUAAGAAAGUGUCUCGAUAAGAAUGUGGACAACAGAUGGAAUGUGGCACAACUUCUACAGCAUCCAUUUUUGAGUACUGUGACAGACAGCAGACCGCUGAGGGAGCUGAUCGCUGAAGCAAAGGCUGAGGUUUACGAGGAGAUUGAGGAACACAAGGAGGAAGAGGAGGAGGAGGAUGGAGAGACACAGCGGGGUCACAAACGUGCACCGUCCGAUGCCAGUGUUGCCAGCUCGGAGGAUGAGAAACUCCCUCAGUCUCCCUCAGCCUCCAUCUUAGAGUCUUUACCGGAGAAGGCUGAACCGGUUAURCRAACACCACAGAUUGUUGAAAAGYUCCCUGAACCAAGCGURYUCAAYCCAGAGGAGAACCUGGUUGUGGACACUAGCUUGGUCGAGGAGCCUGCUGUCCCUGCAGAAGUGGAGAAAAUGGAUGAGACCCUUGGUGUUCCAAUAAAUGGAGAGACAACAGAAGCCAGUGAGAAAGCAGUAGAGGUGAAGGAAGAGGAGGAGAAGGUUCCAGAAAUAACAGAGGUUUCCCCAACAGAACCCAGUGAGAUAGCUUCUUCAGAACCAGCUGAGAAACCAGCAGAGCCCCAACUAGAAGGAACCAUUUCCAAUGCUGAAGUCACCAUAGCCGACAAGGAGAUGGAACAACUGGCCAUAUCCAAUCAAGAUGAAAAGGAAGUGGACACAGCUGAGGUCCAGACGAAUGAGAUCACCGCAGAAGGGUCAGAGGCCAAGGAAAAGCCAACAGGAGACAAGAUGGAAGUUGAGGAGGAACCAGCCAACGAGGAGCUUAGCAGGGAAGCAAAGGUUACCGUGACAAACCCAGAGGAGACUAAGGUGGAAGACAAACUCACACCUGCAUCUCCAGCGGUCUGUAAAGAGGAGGAAGGAGAGAAAGAGAGAGUGGAGUAUAAGCKAACUGCGGAGACAGGGACUCCAGUGAAGUCUAAGGAUGAGAAGGAGAGGGAUUCGGACUCUGGGAGUAGUUCUGCUGCAGAUAACGGCAGCAUAGACAUGAACCUGUCCAUCUCCAGCUUCCUGACCAAAACCAAGGAGCCAGGACCCCUCUCCAUACAGGACACCAAGCGCCAGAAGAAGACACUGAAGAAGACCCGUAGGUUCGUGGUGGAUGGAGUCGAGGUUAGCGUGACGACGUCGAAGAUCAUCACCGACAAUGACACCAAGAACGAGGAGAUGAGGUUCCUCAGGCGUCAGGAGCUGAGGGAGCUGCGUUUCCUGCAAAAAGAGGAACAGAGGGCCCAGCAGCAGCUCAGCAAUAAACUGCAGCAGCAGAAAGAGCAGAUAUGCCGCCGCUUCGAACAGGAGACGACCAGUAAGAAGCGCCACUACGACCAGGAAGUGGAGAACCUGGAGAGACAGCAGAAGCAGACCAUCGAGAGGCUGGAGCAGGAGCACACCAACCGGCUGAGGGACGAGGCCAAGCGCAUCAAGGCCGAGCAGGACAAGGAGCUGUCCAAGUUCCAGAACAUGCUCAAGAACCACAAGAAAGAGUUCAAACAGGAAAUGCGAKUCAAGCCCAGACACAAGAGAAACGCUAUCGUGAAACGGGGGGGACAAAAGGAUAUAAUCACAACUCCACGUGAAGAGGAGCAGGAGUUCCUGCAGAAACAGCAGCAGGAGCUGGACUGCGACCUGAAGAAGAUCAUCCAGCAACACAAACACGAGCUGGCCACCAUCGAGAGAGACUGUCUCAACCACAAACAACAGCUCCUCKGAGCACGGGAGGCAGCCAUGUGGGAGCUGGAAGAGCGCCACCUACAGGAGAAACACCAGUUGUUUAAACAACAGCUGAAAGACCAGUACUUCAUGCAGAGACACCAGCUGCUCAAGAGACACGAGAAGCAGAUGCAGCGCUACAACCAGCGUCUGAUUGAGGAGAUGAAGAACAGGCAGACACAGGAGAGGGCCCGCUUACCCAAGAUCCAGCGCAGCGAUGCCAAGACGCGCAUGGCCAUGUUCAAGAAGAGCCUCCGAAUCACUGGGGGCCCCAUCACACCCGAGCAGGAGAGGGAGAAGAUCAAACAGAGGCAGAAGAAUGAGAGGCUCCACCAGCACCAGAAACAUGAGAACCAGAUGAGAGACCUGCAACUGCAGUGUGACGCCAACAUCAGGGAGCUGCAGCAGUUACAGAAUGAGAAGUGCCACAUCCUGAUAGAGCACGAGACCCAGAAGCUGAAGGAGCUGGAUGAYGAGCACAGCCAGGAGCUGAAGGAGUGGAGGGAGAAACUACGACCCAGGAAGAAGGCUCUGGAGGAAGAGUUUGCCAGGAAGCUUCAGGAGCAGGAGGUCUUCUUUAAGAUGAGUGGAGAGUCAGAGUGCCUUAACCCCUCAGCCCAGAGCCGCAUCUCCAAGUUCUACCCCAUCCCCAGUGUCCACUCCACUGGCUUCUAGGGGUUAACCCUAUCAUGACACUCCYGAUGGACAUGAACAUAUAUCCACACCCACAUAUUGAAGGCACACACAAUGAAUAGAUAUACACACUCCAGAUGGAUACACACAUACACACACACACACAUAUACAAAUAGACUGGCGUGCACACACACACACACACACACAGACAGACAGACUAAUAAGACUGAGCCUCUGCUGCCUUGCCCCGUCUCCACUGAUGACAUUCGGGGACAAAGGGGCGAUAUCUCCGAGGGGGGUGUGUACCCCUCUAUCGGUUUCUGGACGAGGAUGGGACAGUAGCCCUCAAGCUACAGACUGUGUUAAUCAUGAAGACCUUUUUAAUGGUGAUCUGUUAUAUAUAAUUUACCCKUUUUUCAUUGUAUAGGGUCGUGUUCAGUCGGGCACACKGUAGCAAGAGUUUGAAUUUGUGUUUUUAUUGUAGAAGUAGUACCUCCGCGUUUCACUCCAUUUCAAAUCAUUUUCCACUGACUGAAAAAAAGAAACAGUUUUAUUUCUUAUAGCUUCCUCUUUUGAAAUGAGUUAUGAAGGAGAUUCUUGACAUUAUGCAUUUUCAAAUUUGAUACUUUGGCACUCUGUUCCUCAAAUCCUUGCCUCCAAGUCACUAAAGUGUCUCAGGCAGAUUACAUUUUUCACUGACGAUUAUUUUUCAUUUGUGAAUCUUUUUUUUCUUCUUGAAGAAUCUAGUGCCUGUAUACUUUUAUGUCAAUGGACUGGCUUUUCAAAUGUAAGCUUCCUCUGAAAAGAAACUAUUGCUGCUUGAUUUUUAUACCAUUAGUUAUUUGCACUAAAUCAGGGCUGCCCAACCCUCUUCCUGUAGAUCUACUGUCCUGUAGGUGUUCAGUCCAACCCUAAUUAAGCAUAUCUGA